AUGGUCCUUGUUAAACUGAAGCUGGAGCAAUUCUCCACUGAUGCCGUUGAACUUGUGAAGAAAAGGAUGAAAUUAGUGAUGCAAAAGGUAUGAAUUUCUGUCUUUAAAAAAGUUUUUUGGAUGAUGAUUUAAGAGGAUAGUAAAAAAAGUCAAAAAAUGUCAAAAUGAUUGCUAUAAUCAACCUCAAUGUUGGUUAAACCUGGCAAAUCUGUGAUGUUCUCUCUCCUGACCUCUCUGCUCUUUUCAGAAGCCCAAGCCAAUCCCACUGCAGCCAUUGGAUCAGCCCUCGCCUAGCCAAUCGCCCCUUCCUUCCCGGCCCGAUCCCCAUCUAGAACCCACCUCUCCGUAUUUCGUAAAAGACUACGGCAAACCUCAACCAGAGAAGGAGAAGGUCGAAAGGAAGUUGAGCAAGGAAGAAUUGGCCUUUCAAAGGACCCCAACAAAGAUUGUUACCGAGUUCUGGGUGGUUACAUUUUACGGCCGUUGCAUUCAUAUUCGGCAGGAGUCCUCGGUAUACGAUCUGCAUUCGUUUUUGGUCGGCUCAAAUUGA